CACACUGACUCACACUGUGUAUAAAAAACAUACUGUGGUGCACGGUGGUGUAGUCAGAGUAUUGGUGUAGGUAAAGGAACUUUCCACUUGUUUUUUAAAAGGACGGUUUCCGGACAUGGGAUUUGACGACUUGGAAAAUAUCAAUCCAAAAUUAUACCGUAAAUGCAAUGAUCGUGAAGUGACCACAGAAGAGGAAAGUGAUGACAUAUAUGAUGAAUUCGACGCCCGAGAGAUAUUUGAUUUAAUUAGGGGGAUCAAUGACCCGGAACAUCCUUUGACUUUAGAAGAGUUGAAUGUUGUAAAGCAAAAUGAUGUCUGCGUGGAUAAUAAAAAUAAUGAAAUUAAGGUGUUGUUUACCCCAACAAUUCCCCACUGCAGCAUGGCAACACUAAUAGGCCUGUCAAUUCGAGUGCAGUUAUUACGAUCUUUACCUCCAAGGUUCAAAAUUUGUGUACAGAUUUACCCUGGAACUCACGCAUCUGAAGAAGCAAUUAAUAAGCAGCUUGCUGACAAGGAACGUGUUGCAGCAGCUUUGGAAAAUAAUGAUCUUAUUGCAUGUAUUAAUGAUUGUAUUGUUGUAGAUUAAUGUUGAUGUGUUUUAUGAAUGUAUAAUCAAUAUAUUGAAGUAUAUUUGUUUAUAAAAAAUUAAUAAAGGCUCUUUUAAGGAAUAAAAAAGAAAUUGCAAUAGUGUUUUCAAAUGAGUUGCAUGCUAUUUACAAAUAAGUUUCCUUGACUGCCGUAAUGAAGAUUUUGUAUCACAUCAAGUUUUGGAUCUGUCCAGUUGGUCAUUUUGUUGAGUACCUAUGUAACUUCUUGGUAUACAAUAUAUCUUCAGAAAGUAUGCAGUACCAUACAUAAAUUUCUCAAUAACUUCACUUCGGUGACAAGGGAGAGGUUAAAUUAUGCUUGGUGCUGAAUGUCAGCUCACAAACAAGUUCAAUGGAAAAAGCAGUUUCAAAAACUUACAAAAAUAUGUAUGCUUUAUUGUCACAAGAUUAUAUGAAGUAGAAUGUUAGAAGCAAACAUGGAAAAUUUUC